CUUGGACUUGGCUAUCCACUUAUUGCUUGUCCAAGUAUGUAUGUAUACGUACAAGGUAUCUAGCUGUGUGCAAAUGCCAUGCCAUGUGCCUUGCUUGUCUCUCCCUCUUUCUCUUUCUUUCUUCCUGCCAGCCUGACUGGCCCAAGUGAGUGAGUGAAUGAAUGAUGGCCUGAUUUGAUCCAUUCGUUGAUCGUCGACAGUCUUUCCUCAACCUUCUGCCUUCUCUCUCACACAUACAUACAUACAUACAUACAUACAUACACUCCCUCCCCCCCGUUCUUCUGGAACAGCUACUCGUGCAUACCCUGCGCCGAAUACGAACUUCUCCAGCUGUACCUCUAUACAUGGAUUGAUUCAACGAGAAAGACAAGACAUCCAUCCCAUCGUACGUGCCGCCCACCCGCUACCCCGCGAACACCCGCCAACAACGACUCACCCAGACAGCCUACCUACCUGUCUACCUACCUGUCUGCCUACGUACAUAGUAUACGUACUGCCUGCGCUAUCUCGUACUGCGCCUGAGCACUCGAGUAUAUACCCAUAUAAACAAUCCCAGAGUCGUCGCAUUCCCGCCGCCGAUCCCAGCUUAUCCCCAUCAACCACCGUCGUCAUCGCCUCCUCCCCCCCACCAACAUUGAAUCUAUACAUAGAGAGACGUGCAGCACCACCGCCGCCGCCAUGGACGGCCGAAAACAGGGCCGCCCGGACGAGGAGCUCUUCAUGCGCCCCGGCGAAACACCAGAGACGCCCGUCGUGGGGCCGCUGAGGAUACAGAAGAGAGACUCGGAGGUCAAGAGCCCCCCGCCGCCACGAACAGACUCGGCGGGGAGCCAGCGCUAUAAUCAACACCAGCAACAGCACCAACAGCAGCAGCACCAGCAGCAGAACCACCCCGUCUUCUCGCGCCCUCCGCCCAUGCCCGCUUUCCCCGCCCCGCCCGCCAAUCCAACCCACACUCCUCCACCACCCGCAAAUCCACUGCCUUACCCCGACGAUAGGCCUCCCAGCACCACUUCGGUGGGCCCGAGUCCAGCAUCACCCGCCUCGCGCGCACGUUUCGACGCAAACGAUCCCAACAGACCCUCGGUCGCAGGCUAUGGCGCCGCCCCAGGAAGAGCCCCCGACGGCUCUGUACAACCCUCGAGGCUGGCCGAGCGCAGAGGAACCGCUCCCAAACCGCUGCCAGAUUCUCCUGGCCCAGAAACCCCCGACAAGGAAGGCCUAUUCCAGCGCCCUCCUCGCAGGCAGGCCAGCACCGAUCCCAAUCCCUUUCCAGAAUAUCACCAGCAAUACUGGCCUCCUCCGCAGCCAGCUCCGCCAGCUCCAGCUCCAGCUGCCCCCGCCGGUGGGUUGAACAUCCCCAACCCUUCGGGCAUCAAUCGAUUGAGCUCCACAGCUUCCACCUCGACCACAAAAGCCCAGCGAGGCUCGCCACCUCCUCCCGAGACUCCCAUAAUACCUCCCCUGGGAGGCGGCAUCGAGGCUCGUUUUGCUGCCGCUGGCAUAGCUGGAUCGUCCACUCUGUCCAAUCUGCAAGCGCAAAACGCUCAGAAUGCUGCCGCUGCUCAGCGCAACCAAGUCUACGCCAACCAGCAGCCACGGCCCGACCUCAUGUCGCCCUCUUCCAAUGGCAACCAGCCUCCGCGUAGACCCUGGACACCCACCGAGCAGCCCGGAAGCCAUCCACAUGGCCCUCCUGCGGUAUACCAAGGCAUGAAUCCCGUGGGUCCUUCUACCAGCCCUCCUCACGCUCCACUUCCCCAAGUCCCCGCCUCGACCAUGUCGCCUCCGCCUUCCAACCCUCACGCGGAACAGUCUUUGUCUCAUGACAUGGGCCGCAUCAACUUGAACGAGGAGCCACCGCCCGCCUAUUCGAGCAUCCCCCACCAGACCGCUGUCGCGAACCAGGGCUACCCCAACGAGAAGCAACGCCCCCAGGCAGCAUCUCCCCAGCCUUCGCAGAGCAGUGCCAUGAGCGAUCCAAACAUCCAACAACACCCUGCCUUUGCAAACGAUGCGCGGAACCAGCAGCCCGCUCCCGCUCCGUCUCCCGCCCCGGCUACCCAACCCACGGGUGUCGUGGCACCCACUCCCACCAAUGCCUACUUUCCACAACAACAGCAGCAAGCCCAGCAAACAAUUCCAACCCAAACCGUCACCACUCCGAGCCCAGCGCCGACUGCACCAGGUCCAGGCCCCGCAUCUCCUCCGCCGCUUCCUGAAGGUUGGAUAGCACAUCUCGAUCCCAACUCUGGACAGUACUACUACAUUCAUCUGCCGACACAGUCCACUCAGUGGGAGUUCCCCAAAGGCCCAACGCCGCUGAAUCUGAACGAGCCCAUGUCACCCGCGAGCUCGUUUGUGAACCCGUUGAGCUCUCCAGGGUUUGGAAAGACGCCUUUGGCCUCGCCAGGAUUUCCUACGCAGACGGCUGCUUAUCCAGGCGACAUGAUGGGAAUGGCACCUGUUGCGACUCCCACUGCCGCUGGCUUCACAGGACCUCCUCCGCAAGCUGGAGUCGACAUGUACAAGAUUGCUCCGACUAACAGUGUGUAUUUCGGCCCGUACCUGAGAUACACCAACAUGGACAUUGAACGCGGUCUAUGGCUUGGUUCGAUUCUUCUCAUCACAAACACCCCUCACCCACCCACAAUACACAUACAUCAGAGCGCAGAUCUCUCUCCGAAUCCCCGCCAGCUCAAGGCGAACCCCAUCUACACGCAUCAGUCAUGGAUCUUCUACCGGUACGAUGUUGACCUCAAGAUGGAGGAGGACCGUGCUGCCAAGUGGACGUAUGCCAUCACCUCGCAUCUGGGCUGCACCCGCUUCGAAUUCCUGGUCGCUGGACGGUACGAGACGAGCUGGCGUUUCGUGGCACACUCUGGAAACGAUUUCGCGCUCAAUGUCAAUGCGAAUGAGCGGUCCAAGCUCGGUGGGAUCGGGUACAUGUGGAAAGACAUUCUCCAGAAGAACACCGAGUGCGGCGGAUUUCACGUGCAGCUUGGGCUGGGAGGGCAGAUCUACGCGGAUAGGCUGUGGAAGGAGAUUCCGCUGUUGAAACAGUGGACGGCGAUGAGCGGCAAAGAAAACCGCAAGAAUGCGCCGUGGACUGCGAAGCAUGAGGAGGAGGUCUGCCAUUCGUUCUUCCACUACUAUACCAGUCACUUCGACCAGCCGCAUCUUCGCGAGGCGUUUGCGCAGAUCCCGCAUAUCCUAGCACUCGAUGAUCACGACAUCUUUGAUGGGUUCGGCUCCUAUCCCGAAUACAUGCAAUUCUCCAACAUGUUCAAGAACAUUGGCAGGGUAGGCAUCGAAAUGUACCUGCUCUUCCAGCACCACACCACCACGGAGAUUCUCCGCAACGUCAACAACGACAUGGAUCUCUUCACCAUUACAGGGACCGGCUGGCACUUCAUCAAGUAUCUGGGCCCCUGCGUGACUGUCGUCGGCCCGGAUUGUCGUUCCGAGCGCAACCCGCACCAGGUCAUGGCCGGGCCAACCUACCAAGGCAUCUUCCCCAAGAUCGCCAUGCUGCCACCGAGCGUGCAGCACUGCAUCAUGAUGGUACCCGUGCCAGUCGUGUAUCCCCGCUUAGAGUCGGUCGAGCACCUCGCCUCCUCGGUGGCGACGGGAAAGAAGGCAGUGACAGGAACCUUCAACAUGCUCGGCAAGAUGACGAGUUCGGUGGCUGGUGUUGUAGGCGCAAAGGGUGUCGUCGGCGACGGCUUCAACUCUGUCAAAAAGGCAGUUGGGAAGUCGGGACUCAUGAGCGGCGUCCUCAGCCCAUUCGGCGACAUUGACUUCCUCGACGAACUCCGCGACCAAUGGACCCACGAUUCAAAAGACCUCGAGCGCACCUACCUGAUCCGCACGCUCCAAGGCAUCGCGCACAACAAAUCCAUCCGCAUCACCUUCUUCAGCGGCGGCGUCGACUGCUGCGGCGCCGGCCUCGUCCACGACCCCUCCAAACCCCAAGACCACAAAACAAUGUACCAAAUCAUCUCCUCGUCCGUCGUCAACGCCCCGCCCUCCAACUACGUCCUCCGCCUCCUCCACAACAACCGCGUCCUCUACAUCCCCCAGAACGGUCACCGCUCCACCCACGCCCCCUCCGACACAAAGGAAGAUAUGAUGGAGAUCUUCACCCAAGACGUCAAUGGCGCCGCCCGCGAGUACAAGAGGCUGAUGGGCCGACGGAAUUACGUCGCGUGUGUCGUUUAUGACCCAGAGGUCGUCAAUGGCGGGUUCGGUGGGAGUCCGAAUCCGAACGGUGUGCCUGGUGGUGGGGGGAACAAGUUGAGUCUUGCGGUGGAUUUCAUGGUGCAGAAUGAGGGGCCUUAUAGCGCGCCGAUGAAAUAUGGCCCUGUUAUUGUGCCGAGCUUGGAGUAUGGGAGAUGA